AAUUCUCCUGCUUCUUAAAGAAAUUUCUAUAUCUUUCUAAUCAACAUCAACGAAUGAAACCAUCGCUGUUCAGGGGAGAAUAAAACUCUUCGUGCUCAAGCUGAGGUUCAUCCCGUAAUCUUGAAAAAUUAAUAUUAAAAGGGAUCAGCAGGCUAACGGAGUUUACAAGAAGUCAACAGGAGAACGUGAGCAUCAACAGGGCGAAGCGCGUGCGCCUGAGAUGCCCCUUCAGUAUGUAGUUGUCUACUCGGUCGGCAGUCGCGUCGCAAAUAAGCAAAAUGGCUUCCACCGAGCAGGUUGGAUUGAAUAAAAAUUGGGAAUUAUCGUUGUACGAACUUCAUAGACAAUCUCAGGACCCGAUUAUUGAUAAUACGGAAAUUGCAGUGAGUCCUCGGAGUUUACACAGUGAAUUGAUGUGCCCAAUAUGUCUGGAUAUGCUCAAGAAAACAAUGACCACCAAAGAGUGUCUACAUCGCUUCUGCUCCGAUUGUAUUAUCACUGCACUCCGGAGUGGAAAUAAGGAAUGUCCAACAUGCAGGAAAAAACUUGUAUCGAAACGUUCCCUCCGACCAGACCCUAACUUCGACCUGCUGAUAUCCAAAAUCUACCCAAGUCGUGACGAGUAUGAGGCACAUCAGGAGCGAGUCCUUGCUAAAUUAAAUAAAUCCCAUUCGCAAGCAGCUCUAGUUAAUUCAAUCACUGAAGGAAUUAAACUCCAGAGUCAGAACAGGCCUCAGAGGUCCAGGAAAAAUGCCAAUGAACCAGAGAAUACCAGUAAUGUUCCUUCGUACAACAAUACACCUAAUGUUAGUGCGCCAGCUACACCCAAUCCAGCAGCUAAUGUUGCUAAUCAGAGCGACUCGUCGCAGGGUCCGACUGCUCUCAAUAACAGUGGAGCUAAUAAUUCAGGGUCACAGAACUCCAAUAGUGUCUCACAACCAGCGAGCAGUCCAGCUAUUUCAGGGACAACAUCUAGGAAUUCAACGACACCAUCACCAAAUCCAGCGAAUCAAAUUCCCAAACCUCCGAAACGACAGAAGAGCUUGCAAAAUUCGGAAAAUGAUUCGUCGAGUGCUGAAGCUGAGACUGGUGGUGGUGAUUCGAUGGUUGAUACUGAGGGCGAGGGUCCAAGUGAGCCCUCGACUCUGGACGAAAUCGAACUUGUGUUUAAGCCACAUCCCACUGAAAUGGCUGGGGAUAACUCACUCAUCAAGGCGUUUCGGGAGAACAGUGUCAGAUAUAUAAAAACAACUGCUAAUGCAACAGUCGAUCACCUGAGUAAAUACCUCGCAAUGCGACUGACCCUUGACCCAGAUACAGAAUUAUCAGAAUCCGAUCGACUCCUAAACUUCUGCAUUUACAUUGCACCAUCUCCAGGACAAUACGUAGUCCUGAGUGGUUCCCAAACAUUGAGACAAGUGAACGAUAAAUUCUGGCGCGUCAACAGACCUCUUGAGAUCUUCUACUCUUGGAAGAAGACCUAGGGAAGGCCCCAGCCACCACCGGAUAUCGGCUAGUCACAUCAUGCUCCGGAUUAAAUCAUUCUAAAUAAAUUUCAUUCUAUCGGUCUGCUGGUGUGGAACGAUUUUCGUGGCGAAUCAGAUCAAUCAAAAAUCGCUGACGUGGAGUUUUUUCGUGUAGAGAACAAAAUUAUCUUCCUUUCUGUUGGAAAUGAAGGAGAACUCAUGUUCAUCAGUGUUGAUGGUGCAAUUACGGAUGAUUCAGUGGUUUUGGUGAUCAUUUUUAAUUGAUCCUGGAAUGAAGGAGCGUUUGAUCUUUGAAAUUUGUAAAUUGUCAUUCAAUUAGUUUUUAAAAAGCAUCAAGUUCGAAGAUGGGGAAAGUUCUUCAGAGUACUGAGAAAAUCUCCGAUGUAUUCCAGGUGAUUUAAUGUCAAAAAUGAAUUUUAAAGUUGAAUUUAUCCUUUGGAUUCAGAGACACUCAUCACAAGCUAGAAAAAACUCUUGUGUUAUUUGAUUUUUCUUGUGUUGUCACUGUACUAUUGAUUUAAUUCCCACUCUAUCAAUGAUACGACAAACUGUAAAUAGAAUCUAGAUAUCAUGUUGAGAAUAAAGAAAGAAGUUUGAAGAAUGAAUGAAUUAGAGGAUAAUGAGUCAGAGGAAUUAAACAUCUAUGACUUAAUUCAAAGGAACGAUUAUCUGAGAAAAAUUGUAAAUCAAUUUGGAUUUUAUUUAAUUUUUCGUUCUGUCGAUACAGUAUAUUUUAUGUCUACAUGUAGAGAGAAAUAAACAAAGGAUUGUGCUCGUGAAA